CCUCGUGGCCGCCUCGUGCGCCGAGUGGGCCCACCGAGGUUUCGCCACAUUGCCGCCCGUGCCGCCUCGUUGCGCUUCGUUUCCGCCUUGUGGCACAAGGCGGGGUGUCCGCCGAGGAUUCGGGGGGCGGUCGUCAUGGGCUGCUGCAGCUCCCUGAGCGCUGGGCACGACGCAGCGCUGGCGUCGGGCCCCGGGGCCAAACGGUUCUUCUACCUCGACGACCUCCCUCUCAGCAUUUGCGCGUCGCCGAGUGGCGUGGCCCACCUGCAGCUGCGCCUCGUGGGCCCCUCUGGAUGCUUGAGCGAUGCGAUGUGGCGCCUGGAGGACGCCUGCGAACAUCGGGGCCUGUUGAUUCAGUCAGCGCAGAUGAGCCGCGAGGGUGGCCUGAUCCACUGGGUCAUCGAACUGAAGGGGAUCCGCGGCAAGUUGGACGCCUUCCAGAUGUCGUCCCCCAUGAAGAUGCUGCCCUUCGCCAGCAAUCCCGCGAACGGUCUGGAGCUGAAGCUCCGGCGUGCGGGCCCCGAGCCGCUCCCCGAGUGGGUGGCCGUCGGGGUCCAGGGUCUCGGCGACGCAGGCGAUGGCUGCCUGGCGGCGGUCCCAGAGAUCCUCUGCGCCUCCGCGACGAGCGCGUCCUACGUCGUCGGGUGCCACGCCGCGUUGCUGCAGGCAGUCGGGCGGGCGGAAGCCUCCGUGAUUGCUGCCAAGCUGGAGACCAACGGCGUGUUUCUGGAGGACGAGCUCUGGGUGCAGCCAGUGCGGGCCAACGCGCAGGAGGUCGAUGACCUCGCGGCGGAGAUGAAGCAGUCUUAUGAAUGCGCGCUCUACGAACGAAAUUUCCCGGCAUACCUGCGGCGCGAAGACACUCCAAAAAAGUUCCUCGCCGCGAAGGAUGCCAGCGGCUUGGUCGGUGCCAUGAGGGAGAACGACGCCCAUAAGUUGGCUUCGCAGGCGGGGACGAUGCCACCAGAGCUGUACGGACUGCUGAGCGGCCUGCGGUACGAGAUGAGGCCCUGCACGGAAGGGUUCAAGAUCUGCGGGUUCGACAAGUUCAUCGGGGCUGGCUGGAUCCCCGUCGAGGCCGAGGUGCUUCCGCAAGAGCAGCGCUCCGCAGAGGCCCUGGCGGAGCUGCCUCCCGUCCUGGAGAUCCGGACCCACUUCUCCAGGGCGAGCGGCGGCGCCGGCGGUGCCCGCAGGGCCCCCAGGAGCGGCAUGGCCCCGCUCGACUCGCUGCAGCGGUGGGCCGCAUCCGGGAAGGGGCACGCGGAGUUUGUCACCUGGCUCGACGCGCCCUCGAAGACGUGGACGAUCUGGAAGGUCUUCCUGAACGGUGUGCUCCCCGAGGGGAUGAAGUGCGGUGCCCAGGCGGUGGCGGAGCACCUCUCCGGUGACGCCGGGCUCUUCUUCGGCGAGACGCCGGGCGUUCGUUCCAACUUGUUCGGCGCGAUCGCCGACCUGAGGUGCAUCAAGGUCUGCGACGUGGUCAAUUGGAACACGUACGUGCUGAUGGCCAUCGCCGCCUCCGCGGACCGGAGUCCGCAGAUGUUUGGCAGCCACAUGGCCAGCACGAUCGAGCAGGAGCUCGCGGCGGCCAAGCUCGGCGCGGCCGACCUGGAGAGUGGCAGCGUGACCACGGUCUUUACCAAGACAGGGCUGGGCAGGCUCGUCUGCAACGUCUUGUCGAUCUGGAACGCCCAGCUCGGCUUGUCACUCUACGUGGAGGAAGCUGCCGUGUCCUUUGUGAGGGGGGCUCUCGAGCACAUCUGCGGGGAGGCGCGUGAGAUGAUGCACGUGCGUGUCAGCAUUGGCCGCGCGACGCCACAUAAUUCUUUUGCUAGAGCAACAUCUUGUCCAUAGUCGGACUCGACUCGCACUGCACAGAGCACUCGGCGACGUCAGCCUGCAAGAGCACUUUCAGAAACCAGCGAGCUCGGCUGCAGAGCGGCAGACACGGCUGGCAGGGGUUGCGAGGGGGCGUCGCGGCAUAAGGCUGGCGGCCAUGCACCGCGUGCACUGCCAGUUUAAAUUAAAAUUGUUACAAAGUUUCAAUUGUGGUGCAGGCCAGCCGGAGGGCCAGUGGUGCAGCAGUGACGCUCGUCGAGGGCGGUCCCCCUCCCCUCCCUCCUCCGUCCUCCGCCUCCGUCCUCCGCCUCCGUCCUCCGCCUCCCCUUCUCCCCUCCCCCAAUGUUUCAAUUGUGUCAUUCUCCUGUGUCCGCUCCUUCUCCCCCUCCAAAAGUGCGCUGAAAAAAAAGGAGGACGGUGCACCGCAGCAAACGGCACCUCAGGACGAUCGCGCGGGCGACCCUCAGGGCGCGUUGGAGACAUUGUAGUCGCCAGCUGUACGACGCGGAUUGGUCCGUGCUGGCGGGCCCCCGUCCUUCAUUCUCGGGUGGAGGGGGA